AUGAUGUAUUCCCCACCGCCAACUUUUUCAAAGCCAAUGCCACCACCAAACAUUGAUCGAAGGAAAUUGUAUAAAAAUUUUCUCUGCGGGAUUUGCGAUAAAAUCAUCAAGAAAGCGGCUAUAUUAAAGAUGUGUUCAUGUCGUUUCUGUCAUGCGUGCAUUCUGGCAGCUUACAAAUUGGGAGAAAAGACGUGUCCUCAUCCUCAUUGUACGCUCAAACCGAAGCCCCAAUUGAGAAGUCCAGCCGACGUUCUCCUCAAUCCACCGUUUGAUCAACUCGUCACAAUGUGUGGCUUCCAACCUCAUCAAUCCAAAGAGGAUUUCCUUGAUUCUGCAUCGCUUGCAAAACUUGCCUCUCAGAACGUUCAAAAAGUGAUGGUGAACAGAAAAAGACCCUACGAGGCACCGCCGGAUCUCAUCUCGCCGAGAAAAGCUACUUUCAAACCAUUUGACAAUCAGCAGCUUCAACAACCAAAGAAUUCGUUUGAUCUCGAGAAUUCAUUAUUGAAAGCUUUUAUGACCAGAAGUUACUCUGUGCAACCGAUUCAAUCAAGUUUUGCGAAAAACCGCUGGAUUCUGGCUAAGCAGAGGCUGAGAGAAAACGAAAACGGAGACCCUAGUGUGAUGAAGAAAAGAGUGUUGGGAGCAAUAAGUGAUUCAGAUGAAGAAUCCGAUAUGGAAUCGAAUAUUUCUGGAUGUUCUUGGAAGCGCCAAACGGAAGCAAACGAAAACGAUCAAGAAGAGUCAGACAUCAGUGACUCGACCGAGUCUGAAAUGGAAGUUGAAAGUGAAGAGCCGAAAGCUGAGGGACAAGAGAACGGGCCAUCAACAUCCCAAGAAGCAACUCAAGAAGUGCCCAAAGAAGCGACCGAGGAUGAACGAUUGGAGGAAGCUGCGAGAGAGAUUUAUCUGGCCGAACAACAACGAAUCCGGGCGAUGGCCGAGUUGGAUGACCCAAAGCAUCCACUCAUUUUAUGGCCUGAUAUGAGAUUGGAAUUGAAGGAAAUCAGUCGUCGACAGCUACACGCCCAUUAUCUCUUUGUUCCCAACUCGUGUACAAUGGAAACUCUCGGGAAAUUCGUUCUACAGCGCCUUUUCCAGGAAGAGUAUAUCGAUUUUGAGCAAGAGGAGUUAACAGUCACUUUUGUGCCGGUUGUUGAAGAGAUCGAAGCAACAAAUAUUAUCAUUUUGAAAAGAGAACCAAAGCAAGGCGAAAACAAUCAGGAAAAGUCAGAAGAUCAUGCAGUGACUCUGAAAAUUGACAACCCUCAUCAAGCGAGUGUGUUGAUUUUCGAUCCCUCAAUGAUGGUCACGAAGAAGUCGACAAUGGCAGAGGUGCGAGCCGUCGUCUGGAAAGAUCACUCGAAACCGAUGAAACUCAUCUAUCAAAUCAAAUUGAAGUCGUCAGAGAAGAGUCCAUUCACAUCAGCUGAAAGUCCUCUACACACACCGAUCACUACCGAAGCUCCCGCAGCUACCACUCCAACCUCGUCCACCAACACUUCAACCCCCAGUGAUCCUGCUCCCUCAACUCCCAAAGAAAUUCAACCAUUCACUUUGCCGAUGAAACACAAUUCCAACAAUCUAACACAAGUUCCUGUUCCAAUGUUGAAGAAUGAAGCACCUAAACCCAUACAACUCAUUGAGCCAAAGCCAUUCACUUUGACAACUCUUCCAGCUCCAUUUGUACCCCCACAAAUCCCUCCUCCAAUCCUACCCAGUGGAAUGAGAUCCUAUCCAUUCCCUCCACUCACUUCACCCCUACCAACUGCUCCACUGAUUCUACCAAAUCGUCCAAAUAUCCCUUUCCUGGCUGCUUCAAAUAUGGCCAAUUCAUCGAUUGAACAAUUGAACAGUCAUCAACAUUCAAUUACCCCACAAGCGAUCCCACAAAAUUCGCCGUCUGAUCCAAGAGUAGAGAUUGGUGGGAAUGAUGGGGACUGUGAUGGGAUGCCGACGUUGGAUCCCGAGAUC